AUGCCGUUUGUGCAUCUUCUAAACGGCAAGAUAUGCUUCGUGAAAGCCAAAGAAGACAAUUGGAAAAAAAUGGAAGAUGUACUUUGUACCGGAAGUGGGUUGAACCAAGAAAUGACGCUUUCAAGGCCCGGGGAUACACGUUGGAAUUCCCAUUACAAGACACUUUCCCGUUUAAUUUCUUUAUAUCCAAACAUUAUGGAAGUUCUUGGAUGGUUAGUAGAAACGGGUCAAACUCUUCCUUGUAGUAGACAAGCGGGCGGACUUCUAGAGGAUAUGAAAAAAUACGACUUUGUAUUUUACAUACACUUGAUGGAGCAUAUUCUAAACAUCACACAUACGUUGUCCCAAUGUCUUCAAAGAAAGGAGCAAGAUUUGAUGAAUGCGGUUAAAUUGGUUUCUUCCACCAAAAACCAACUUGAAAAGUUUAGGUUGGAAGGUUUUAAUGAGUUCUUGGAGAAGGUUAACUCCUUUUGUGACAUGUAUGAACUUGAGGUGAAAAAAUUGGAUGAUGAAUACGUUAACCCAAGGUGGCCAAGAAGAAAGACGAACAUCACAAAUCGGCAUUAUUACGAGUAUGAUUGCUUCAAUGCGGUUCUUGAUUUGCAAAUACAAGAAUUUGGGAACCGUUUUAAUGAGGUAACAUCUGAACUACUUGUUUGUAUGAGUUGUUUGAGUCCUUGUGAUAAUUUUAGUGCAUUUGACAUUCCAAAUAUACUAAAGCUAGCCGAGAAGUAUCCUUAUGAUUUCAAUGAAGAGGAAAAACGAAGGCUUCCGGUUCAACUCGAAAACUACUUUAAUUUUGUGAAAAAAGAUAAACAAUUCGCCAACUUGGAUGGUUUGUCAUGUCUUGUAAGCUUGUUCUCGUAUUACCCGUCGCAACCGUUGAAAGAUGUUUUUCGGCAAUGA